UGAUGGGGAUGCGGCUGCCAUGGUAACAAGCCGAUUAGAUCCAGACCUUUGUGUGUAUUUAUUUAUUUAAUAUUUCAGUUGCGUGCGUGCGUGCAUGCCUGAGAGGUGACGGGCGUUUUGGAAGUCAGUCUGCAAUCGGAAUCAGAAUAUUAAGACUGGUGUCGCGUUCCUUUUGAGUUAUGAUUGGCCAUAGAAUUGCCUAUUUAAAUAUUUGGCUAUACCUUCUCAAGCUCAACAAGUUAUUCCGGUUGGAACAGGACUUCAUGGAUAUAAUUCAUUCAAGUGCACUUAAUUUCCUUGCAUGGUUUUAUUCAUCAAGAUUCGUCAAAAACAUGUAAAUGAAACAGGUUUUGUUAAUCGUAAACGAAUAGGAUGGGCUCCAACGAUGUCGCUGUAACGGUCCAAGGAUGUCAUUGGGACUGACUGGAGAAGUGGAAGAGGAGGGGAAACGCGUCUGAAAUAGCAGAACAUUUAUCCGGGCGGGUUUGGAGACGUCACAUAUUCUGCACUUGCCCAGGUUGUCUGUUCUGUUUGUGUGUUUCCGAACUGAAUUCCGAAAAUAACCCCAAUGCUGACGCUAACAGCUUGUCUUGUUUUACGUGCCCGGACAAAGGGAAUAUUAGGCGAAUAUGGACUAAAUUGGGGGUACGACCACUUGCAUGUGUACUCUUGCUUAUGUUCGUGUCUGUGUGUGUAUCUCUGUCUAUGUUUGAAAGCGUGUUUCAGUAUAAAUCAGUGCGUGGGUGAGUCAGACUGUGUGCAAGUGUCUGUCUGUGUGUGUCUCGUGCCCAUUUGUGUCCGUUAAAACAAACCGAUCCGUGCUGAUGAGUCUCACGUGUACUUGUCAUUCAUAGGUAGCCAACCACCCAAAACUACCACCUCUCAUCCACUGUCAAGAUGAACUCUUACAGAAUACUACCAUGUGUCGAUGAGAGCAAGAGGGAGACAUAUCCUUGACAACCAGAGAGGGAGGGUCAAAGAGCGACCUGCGUCAUUAUCCCUGAGAGAGAGACCAGGAAUUAGGUGCCAAUAUGCCUGGUGUGGAAACGCUGAGGGCGGCAGUAGAAAGGAGAAGGUGGGCCUCAGGCCAGGAGAACAAGGGAGGAUGGAGAGAUCUCGAUGAAGAAAAGCGAGCUGGGGAAAGGAGGAGAUAAGAGAAAGCACUGCCAGCAUAUUUUUGGAGUGACAAAUCUAUUCGUUUUUACGUGGCAAACACCCAGAGGUGGGGUUAGGAUGCACAGAUCAGUGGAGAGGAGACAGAUCACUACAAGCCAUUGGAGAUUAUAAAAACUUGAGGUCAACUAUUUAAUCACCACCUUUCUCUUUCCCAGACAGUCUUAGCUAAUAGCCUGUUAUUAGGCUCCUAGUUGAACAUUGACAGGACCGUUUUCACAAUCUGAGAGUGACAGGUCUGGGGGUGACAGAGUGAAUCUGAGAGUGACAGGUUAUAUUGAUCUCCCUUUGCCCCCCUUCUCCCUGGUUAGGGGAUGGAUGGGGUGGCGGGAGGUGUUGGGCCCCCUGGCGGGGGUGAGGGUCGGCCGGGUCGUAGUGGAGGAGACUCUAAGAGGCGCAGUAAGGGCAGCCUGCCCUCCCCAGGGUACCGCCUCUCCCAGGCAUCGCUGGAGGGUGACAGGUCAGGGGUCGAGGGGUCCGGUUCCGGAGGGGGGCGACGGCGCCUCUCCAUCUUGAGUGCCACCAGAGACGGCCUCCCCUUCCGUUCAGCUGGCACACCGACCACCCCUGUCCCCCUGCCCCCUCCUCCAGCCCCCUUCUCCUCCACCCAGCAGCGUUCUGUUGGCUUUUCCUCGUCACGCGCCGCCCUUGCCUCCACUUCCUCCUCCACCGGCACCGGAGUGGUCAUUGUAGCGUUGGGCCCAGAAACCACGACAAACACGGCUUGUAACACCGUGGCGGGCACGCCGGAGAUGGGGAGUCUGUCUGGGACGGGAGGCAUGGGGGGGUUUGGGAUGGGUCUAGACGGGGAGGACUACAGCUACUCCAACCAGUCCACCUUCAUCCAGAGACAGUUUGGAGCCAUGCUGCAGCCGGGGGUCAACAAGUUCAGCCUGCGCAUGUUUGGGUCCCACAAGGCCGUGGCCAUGGAGCAGGAGAGACUCAAAUCAGCAGGGGAGUGGAUCAUACACCCCUACAGCGACUUCAGGUUCUACUGGGAUCUGAUCAUGUUGUGUUUGAUGAUGGGGAACCUGAUCAUCCUGCCAGUAGGAAUCACCUUCUUUAAGGAUGAGAACACUCCUCCCUGGAUCAUCUUCAACGUGGUCUCUGAUACUCUCUUCCUGGUUGACCUGGUCCUCAACUUCAGGACCGGUAUCGUCAAGGAGGACAGCACUGAGAUACUGCUAGACCCCAAGGCUAUCCGUCAGCGCUACCUAAAGAGCUGGUUUGCGGUGGACUUUGUGUCGUCCAUCCCUGUGGACUACAUCUUCCUGAUGGUGGACUUGGAGGCCCGGCUGGACUCAGAGGUUUACAGGACGGCCAGGGCCCUCCGCAUCGUACGCUUCACCAAGAUCCUCAGCCUGCUGCGCCUGCUGCGCCUGUCACGACUCAUACGCUACAUCCACCAGUGGGAGGAGAUCUUCCAUAUGACCUAUGACCUGGCCAGUGCCAUGGUGAGGAUAGUCAACCUGAUAGGCAUGAUGCUGCUGCUGUGCCACUGGGACGGAUGUCUACAGUUCCUGGUUCCCAUGCUGCAGGACUUCCCCCUGGACUGCUGGGUCUCCAAGAAUAACAUGGUGAAUGAUACGUGGGGGAUCCAGUACUCCUAUGCCCUUUUCAAGGCAAUGAGCCACAUGUUGUGUAUUGGCUACGGUGCCCAGGCUCCAGAGGGCAUGACAGACGUGUGGCUCACCAUGCUCAGUAUGAUCAUUGGUGCCACCUGCUAUGCCAUGUUCAUUGGCCAUGCCACCGCUCUCAUACAGUCCCUGGACUCCUCAAGACGACAGUACCAGGAGAAAUAUAAGCAGGUGGAGCAGUACAUGUCGUUCCAUAAGCUCCCUGCAGAUGUCCGUCAGAGGAUUCAUGAGUACUACGAGCAUCGCUUCCAGGGCAAGAUGUUUGACGAGGAGAACAUACUGGGUGAACUCAGCGAACCACUAAAGGAGGCGAUAGUUAGCUUUAACUGCCGUAGCCUGGUGGCUCACAUGCCGCUGUUUGCUAACGCGGACCCUAACUUUGUGACGGCAGUGCUGACCAAGCUUCGCUUCGAGGUGUUCCAGCCCAAUGACUUCAUCAUCCGUGAGGGCACGGUGGGACGCAAGAUGUACUUCAUUCAACACGGACGAGUCGGCAUACUCACCCGCGGAAACAAGGAGACCAAACUCAGUGACGGGUCCUACUUUGGGGAGAUCUGUUUGUUGACUCGGGGCCGGAGGACGGCGAGCGUCAGAGCGGAUACAUACUGUCGUCUCUACUCCCUCAGUGUGGACAGCUUCAACGAGGUCCUGGAGGAACACCCUAUGAUGAGACGGGCCUUCGAGACGGUGGCCGUCGACCGGUUGGACCGCAUCGGUAGGAAGAACUCUAUCCUGAUGAGGAAGCCGUCCCAGGCGGGUUCCAUGGCGGGGGCAGCGGGCAUGGGAGGGCUGGGCUCCUGUGACAGCAUGCUGGUUCAGCAGACCGUUAAACACGACAGCAUGCCAGCCAUGCAGGAGGCCAUCGCUGCUGCCGCUGCAGGAAGGGGAGGAGCCACAGGAGGAAGUGGUACGGUGUCCCCUAGGCCCCACCCACUGAUCUGGGCUCCACUGAUCCACGCUCCGCUCCAGACGGCGGCCGCUACGACUAACGUGGCCAUCGCCCUCAUGCACCAGCAGCAGCAGCAACAGCAGCUUCAACAUCAGCUACAGCAGCAACAUGCGCUAGGAGGCGCUAUAUUCCUCCCCUCCAUCUCUCCAUCAUCCUCCGUCUCCUUCCCCCUCUCCCCCCCGCGGCCCCCUGUCCUGCAGCCCCUGCGCCCCUCUGUGAGUUCCCUCAUUGGGAUGAUGGGAGUAGGAGGGAUGGGGGGGCUGUCCCCUAGAGGGUUUCCUGCCUUCCCCUCCCCCUCGCCCUUCCCCAUGGUCCCCCCGGGAGGUGUGAUAUCACCCCCUGUUGCUCAAACCCCACCCACACCGGCCUCCUCUGUUUCCACGUCGCUCCAAUUAGGAAAGACCCUGCACUACAGUCUCCGCCUCCACCCGGAACACUCUUCAGUGAUGUGUGGAACCCCAGGAAUCCCCAAGGUAGGAGGGGCCACCACAACCCAUCUGUUCUACCACGUGAAUCCAACUGCAGCCACCAGUGUCAUGUCAGACACUUGCAGUUCCAUGGCUGGCCAGCAUGGGGCCAAGGAGGCGCUAUUGCGUCACGGAGGCAGCAGCAACCAGGGCCUGCCUGCACUUGGGAGGCUCACCCAGGAGGCCAGGCUCCUCUCCGCCUCGCAGCCCACCCUGCCUCAUCGAUCCUGGGCAAGCAUGCAGCCUCACCCCCCUCUCCAGCGGAAGGCCUCUGGAGGUAACCUGCUUCCAGCGUCAUUCCUGGCUGGGACGCAGCUAGCAAGGGGUGGCAGUGUGGGAGUGUUGACUACUCCCCUACCAGUACAAGUCUCAGCACAACGGUUACAGAUGCCCCCCUUCAAUGCACAGAUACAAGCACAUAACCUAGGCUCUAUGCAGCCCAUCCCUGAUCAUGUCUCUACACACUGCCCUGCACACACACACACAGCCACACACACACAUCCUGUCGCUGUACCUGCAGCCACACCCACAUCAGCUUCUCCCCUGGCCUCCUACACCCCCUCCUCUGCUCCCACUCCUUUCUCCCUCAUCCCAGCCCUGCCACUGACCCCUCGCCCCAAACCCACCCCUACACCCCCAUUUCGCUCCUCCUCUCCUCCCCCUGCUCCAUCCCUCCCUCUGCCGGAACUACUCCACUCACCUCAACCCCUUUGUCCAAACCCACACCUACACCUCCCCCUCGCUCUUCUUCCCCCUCUCCCUCCUCCACUCCCCCUCCCUCCUCUGUAACCACCUCU